AUGAGUCUUCAAACACCACACAUUGCUGUGCUUGUACUAGAUAUACCAAUUGAAGGGAUCACGGAAAAAUAUGGUGACUUUGGUGACAACACAAUUGAUUUGAUAAAAAGCACCGGCACCUCUUCGUUUAAUUUUGUAAAAUACCAAUUAAAUUCCAAGAACCCAGAGCAACUCGACAAAGUUUAUGAGGAACUACUUUCAUCGAUUCACAAUCAUUUGAUAGAAGGAUUUGUUUUGACAGGAUCACGCAGCGAUGCUUUCAGUACCCCACCAUGGUUGGUUAGAUUCAAAUCGUUCUUAAGGAACUCGGUCCUAAAGCUUGACAAGCCUGUGGUUGGUAUAUGCUUUGGUCAUCAGGUUAUUGCUUCAGUUUUAGGAUGCAAGGUUGAUCGAAGCAAUGAAGGAUGGGAGGUUGGCAUCACUACCAUUUCCAUAAACGAUGAUAUAUAUAAAUUAGAAAACUCACCAUUUACCGAGUUAAAUCAAAAGGAAAAUUUAGAUGAAUCGGGUCAGGAUUGUGAUGCUGCUGUUUUAUUUGACCACUUGAAUUUAGUUGAAUCACAUCGAGAUGUCGUGUACGGCGGACUUCCUGCUGAUUUUAUCAAUUUUGGUUCUACCAAUAAAUGCUCUAUUCAGGGAAUGGUGAGUGUCGACAAAGGCGAUGGCAACAAACGUAACUGCAAUGUCAUCACUUUUCAAGGACAUCCAGAAUUUACGACAAGCUUGGCUUUAGAUUUGUUGAAAUAUAAAUUUGAUGCUGGAUUGUUGAGUGAGAAGGAAUAUGAAAAAGCAAAGUACCAUACAUCAACCUUGAACAAUCAAGGUGACCUAAUAGGAAAAGUCAUUAAUAAAUUCCUCUUACCAGAAACAAACGCAAGUGAGAAAUCGUAA